UGUUCGUUUUUUACGCGUUGCGUGCUGCCGUGCCCCGUGCUCUUAUUGAAGUGCGUUUAAGUGUUCUUAAAGAAUCGCGUGGAUGAUGUCAAACGUUUUAAAUCAACGAUGACAGUCGUUGUACAAAUUAUACCGCGAAGCGAAUGUUUUCCUAUUUUGUUGAAUGCAUAACAUAUCGUAUCGUUUAAAGAAGUAUCAGCAGUUUAUUUCGUAUAUUUUCGUGAAUCUAUAUAUACUUGACGAAUAUCUUAGGAUACAAACGAGACCAGGUCAUCUAUAUAUGCGUUUCAUGCAUACGCGUUGUUUUUGCUUCAUAAAGUAAGACGUAAGAAGAAAAAGGACAGUUGUUUCUCGCGACCAUGGAGAAUGAACAGCGACAUUAUGGACUACGAAGUGGAAGUAGAUCGCGUUCUCAAACUCCGUUGAUACAAAAUCGUGCCUUAAUUGAACCGGAGACGUUAGAACAUCAUUAUGAUUUGAGAAGUCACAGUAAAGAGAGAUCUCAUACUCCUGGGGAAGUUACAAAUAACAGAAGAUCUGUUUCUAGAAUGUCACUUGGCAGUAGUAGUAAGACAAACGAUCAGAGUAUGGAAACGAUAGCAGAAAGUAAGAGGGAAGUUGUGGUUGAUGCUUCGUCAGAAGGUGAAAGCAAGAAACUUGAAAAUACCUGGGUCGGUACGAAAAGGGUGGAGCGUCGAUCUGAACGGCAAAAGGCAAAAAGACAAACGUUUACGAAUGGUCAAACUGACAAUAAAGAAGAUUCGUUUGGGAGGAAAAGCGAAAAAAGUCGUAAAAGUACUUCUCCCCGUAGAAUUAUAACCAGCGAUUAUUCUUCAGAGGAAGGAGAACGAGAAGAUUUAUCCAACAGACCAAAUUCUGCGCAUGAAAUUUAUAAGCAAGCUGGCGAUUGGUGGAACGUAUUCCCUAAAACGGACUAUACUUAUUCCGAACAAUCGCAGUGUCGUUACGAAAUAGCGCCCGGCAUUUUAGCAAUGCCCAACAUGUCACGACGCUCUAUUCAUUCGGAUACGAGUGGAACAUAUGAUUCAUUCGGAAAAGAGAGAAAAUCGGAAACGAGUGUCGGAAAGGAAAAUGAAAUAAAUACAAACAUUUGUACGUCACUUGAUACUGUGGAUAGUUCUCGUACUUCGAAUUCCGAAGCAAAAUCUAAGAUUCAAUAUACAAAGAGACACGUGGAACAAUAUCGUAGUCAUAGAGAAGCAGUGUACGCGGUACCGAAAAAUACGAUCAAUUCGCAAAUAAGACAAUCGUUAGGUUCUGCCUCGCAAUCGAGAAGUAUCCAUUCCCAGAAAUACGACGUUACGCGAUGUGCCGAUUCCGACACAGAAUUGGAUGAAGCAGUUACAAGUUAUCGUGACAGAGAGAAAAAAGUAACGCGAUACUUGACGAAUUUUAUUUCAAUCAUUGUCUUAUGGUUUAAUAAACUGCUCGAAUUUUUAAAACUCAAAGCAGUUAAAAGAAGAGAAUAUCGUGCUACUUAUGAAUAUCAGAGACACGAAUCAAAGUGGUACAAAAUCUGGCAAUUAAUCGAUCGUUGCUUACAGUACGUUUAUCUGUUUCUGGUUAAAGUAUUCUUCUUUGAUUCGUGGUUAUUGAGUCGAGUUUCUAGCGUUAGAAGAUGGAUACACCAAAGAAGCCCAAAGAUCUUUUGGAUCGCCCUACUACCGUUACUUCUUUUGACUGGUUGUUGGUGCUUACCAUAUCUUUCAACGGUGUUCCUUUCAACCAAAGUUAUUACGCAACAGCUGAGGGAAACGUCCGAGCUGUUUGCAACUAUUAGUAAACGAUCCUAUCUGAAGGGAGAAGAAGCUUUUGGUAAAGAAGACCACGCAGGAUCGUUAGGCGUAAAGUUGAACAGUAAAAUCAGUGACGCGGAGGAUUCAACCGUUGAACAGCCUGAUCGUCUCGUAAACAUAAACCGGGCGCUCGAACAAUUAAAGGAAAGCGAAUACGUUUGGUCGAGAUACGGCAGUGAAAUAUUAUCGUUGGAAAAAAAAUUAGAGGAACAUAAUCGAGACACGGCCGAAUUGAAUACGUACACUCAAAAGACAGUGGAGGAGAUAAAAUUACAAUUCGAAACAUUGAAGGAACUUUAUUCGAAGUUAGAGCCGUGUUGCAAUAGAAAUUACAUUACCAAAGAAGAUUUGGAGAAACGCGUCGAAACGAUAUUAGCCAAUUACAUGGUUAAUAAAGAUUUUCGGGAUACAAUAGUGGCGGAAGAAAAGAAAGUUGGAGAGAAAUCAACGGUGGUUAGCAGCAACUUUGAGUCGGAUGACCGUGUACGCGAAAUAGUGAAAGAGGCUUUAAGAAUAUACGACGCGGAUAAAACGGGACGCGUCGAUUACGCUUUAGAGUCUGCCGGAGGUCAGAUAAUUAGCACGCGUUGCACACAGAAGUACGAUAUAAAGACGAGAGCUUUUAAAUUAUUGGCUUUCACGCUUUAUCACGAAAAUAACAAUCCUCGUACGGUGAUACAAGGAAAUCCGAUCCAACCAGGUAUUUGUUGGGCGUUCCAAGGUUUUCCAGGAUAUUUGUUAAUCAAGUUACGCAGUUCUAUUUUCGUGUCUGGUUUCACGCUCGAACACGCGGCAAAAUCAAUCUUACCUAACGGAGAAAUGAGAAGCGCUCCUAAGAAGUUUAACGUUUGGGGUUUCAUCGAUGAAAACGAUCCUGCACCCGUAAUGUUCGGCGAUUACGAAUUCGUAGCAUCGGACGAUAAUUUACAAUAUUUUCCUGUUCAAAAUGCAACGAUCGAGGGGCCUUACGAAUACGUGGAAUUAAGGAUACACAGUAAUCAUGGACAACUCGAAUACACGUGUUUAUAUAGAUUCCGCGUUCACGGAAAACCCGCUUAGACUGUUUCGAGUCGGACACAAGAAAGUGUAGUUUUCAAAUUUAGCGAUUAAUAUCGUCGUACGUAUAAACAAGAAGUUCUGUCGUUGAUUAAAAAGAAGAAUCGUGCGAAUGUAUAUAUGCGUGCGUGUGUGUACAUGUAUGAAAAGAAGAGAGAAAGUGGAAGAGACGAAAAAGAAAAAAAUCGACCGUUUUCCCGUUGAUACGUGCCUUCGAUUAUCUGUUUGAGUUACACGAAUAUCGUCGUGAUCACGAUAUGCGAAUUUUGAAACGCGUCACGAUACCCAGUAAGAGAAAUAAGAUAAACUCGAGUUACCGUUACCGUAUACGUAAACAGUACAGUGCUUAAGCGUUCAAAGACGAAGUCGAUCCAUUACUUUACCAUUUACAUUGGCGCGAGUGUUUGUUGCUCUCUUCUUUCGUUUUACCGUUAAGCACAAAUAUCAGGGUUCGAUCGACGAGUAGACGCGAGAAUACGUUUGGUUGGUUAUUUGAGGAAGCGAAAAGAAAACAUUAGAAACGGAUGAGAGAAAAUGGGAAUGACGCGUUGAAAAAAAGAAACACGUCGAUACUCCAAAUGUCGUCGAAAGUUAAAUAAGUCGAAUACUUGUAACAGCCCGCGAUCGUAAAAUUACGCGACAGUACAAAUUAUAAAAAGAAAGAUGUUUCUUAGCGUGUAAGGUAUAUUUACAGUGUUUGUACGAUGAUUUUGAUUAUAAUAUUGUAUUUUAUAGAAACUUAAUAUAGUAUACUUAAUAAUACAUUUAUUUAGUUGGUGCACGCACGUGUUGGUGCACAAUUACAUCUACGUAUGCAUAUGUACACGAUAUGUAUGUAUAUCGUGUAUAUAUAUGUACGUGUGUAAAAUACCAAGAAACGUAUUGUUUUGCAAUUGUAAAGUGAAUCUAUCGAUUGUAAUUAAAUUAAUCAUACAAAAAUU